AUGGUUCUUCCCACAACAAAUCCUUCCAAGUCCUACUGGAUCGAGGCCGCCGACUCGACCCUUAGAGACUUCAGGUCCACUCCGGAGCUUCCCAAGGAGACCGACAUUGUCAUUGUCGGCAGUGGCUAUACCGGAGCCUCAGCUGCAUACUGGCUUCAUAAGCACACUGCUAGAGAUGGCACAACUCCCCAGAUGCUGAUGCUAGAGGCGCGGGAUAUCUGUGGUGGUGCUACGGGUAGAAAUGGCGGCCAGCUCAGACCUCAUGCCUACUCACGAUACAUCGCCUGGUCAGAGCGAUUUGGAGCAGAUGGCGCCCUGGCGCUCAUCAAGCACGAGAUGGCACAUCUGGAUGCGUUCAGGGCAGCCAUGGAAGAGGAAGGACUUUCUGAAGAGGUCUGCCUGAAGUUUGGAGAAACCUUUGACGCGGCUAUGACGGAGGGUGAAUGGACGCGCCUGAAGGCGAACUAUGAAGCCUUUGUCAAGGACCACGGGAAGGAUGGUGAGAUCAUUCGGGAGUGCAGACUCAUCGAGGACCCGAAGGAGGCCGAGGACUUUACCCAGAUGAAGGGCUGUCUUGGAGCCGUUGUUCAUCCUACUGGUCAAGUCUGGCCAUACAAAUUUGUACAUGCUUUUCUUCGACUCGGGCUGGCUACCGGCAAACUGAACUUGCAAGCCAACACACCAGCAUUGGAGGUAUCAAAGAGAGACGAGGAUGGCUGGAUCACCGUGGUGACACCGAGAGGGAGCACCAAGACCAAGGCCAUCAUCCACGCCACGAACGCCUGGGCCUCGCACCUUCUCCCAGAAUACUCCAACAUCAUUUCCCCCUCCGUCAGCACAGUCGGAGCCAUCAAGGCUCCCGAGGGUUUCAUCAAGAACACAGGAGCCCAACAUUUCGACGACGAGAUCUGGAACUACCACCUUCAGCUCCCUCCUCCCUUUAAUGCCCUCAUCCUCGGCGGUGCCAAGCCUGUCAUCGCCCAGUAUCCCCGCGAGUGGUUCAAGCGCGGCGAGGACGACAAGCACCUACCCGGCGUGCCUGCGUACAUGAAGGCCUGGCCUAAAGAAGAGGUUGUGGGCUGGCCUUCCUCCGAUGAGUGCGAGCUUGCUCUGCCGGCUAAGGAAGGCGGAGUAUGGACGGGUGUCGUCUCCGUGACGGCCGACGCUUUUCCGUUUAUUGGGCCUGCGCCUGACCGUGCUGGACACUUCAUCGCCGCAGGGUUUGGAGGUCACGGCAUGCCGCGCAUCUUCUUGGCUACGGCAUAUCUGACGCCCCUUGUGUUGGACAGUCUGGGUGUCAAAUGGACUGCUCCGUCGCUGGUUGCGCCGUACCCGCCUCUUCCCAAGCCAUUUGUGAUCACGGCGGAGAGAGUUCAAGCACUGAAAGGAUAUGACAUGAUGGGAGACUACGAGGAAACCAUCAAAUCGCAUGAGAAGUCUGCCGAAAAGCCAUUCGGAAUCAGGGGACGAUUAUUCAUCAAGUAA